AUGGAGUACACACAGAGAUUGAACGAAUUGGAAACACAUUCACGACGGUUGGAUUCUGGUGCAGCUUGCAGAAAAGAAUGGAUUAAUUGUGUGGUUGAAUACAGCGAGAACUUCCUUGAUAAUCUCUCGAGAUUAAAUCAUAAAACUAUUCACGAAGACAAUCCAUCUGACGAUGGAAUAACUCAGUAUGGUAUCACAGACAAAGGCUCCAAUAUUGGGGAAUUGGUCAAUGCACUUGAUACCCAUGUUUUCAAGAAUGGUUUGGAAUCAGCCCAUGCAAACUACUUUGCUUUUGUCUCAGGUGGUGCUCUUUUCCCAUCUGCUCUUGGUGACCUACUGGCAGGAGUAACUAAUAAAUUCUCAGGAUUAAAUUUUUUAGCACCAGGAGCGGUUAAACUAGAACACAUGUUAAUUUCUUGGAUUGCAAGUCUUUUUGGUUACCCGAAGGAGCAUGCUGGCAAUUUAACUUCUGGUGGUAGUGCGGCGACAUUGAUUGCUCUUGUUACUGCAAGGGACAGCUCAGGACUUAGGCCAAACGAAUAUGAAAGAGCGGUGGUCUAUCUGACAAAAGACACAUACAACUGUGUGCACAAAGGCAUGCGUAUUUUAGGAAUGCAUGACGUCAUUCUUCGAUUUAUUGAUUUCACAAACGAAUGGCAGAUGGACCCAAAGUGUCUGCAAAAUCAAAUAAGGUCAGACAAAAAGGCUGGAUUAAUACCAUUCUUCAUUGCAAUCAGCAUUGGUACAGGCAAUUUAGGUUCCAUCGAUCCCAUAGACAAAAUAGCAGACGUGGCUGAAGAGCAAGACGUAUGGCUACACGCAGACGCCGCCUACGGAGGAUUCUUUAUCUUGGUCGAUGGUUUAAAACACUGGUUUAAAGGCACUGAGCGAACAGAUUCUAUAAUUAUUGAUCCACAUAAAGGACUGUUUCUCCCAAAUGGCAUUGGCGCCAUUGUAAUUCGCAAUGGCAGAAAGCUAUAUGAAUCGCACAAACUUUCAGGAUAUUCUAAUGACAUUCUUCAAGAUGUGGAAAUAGAUGAGUGGUCACCGUCUGAUCUAUCGUUUGAACUGACAAGGCCCUUUCGAGGAUUGAAAAUGUGGUUGACAUUGAAGCUAUUUGGUGUGACGACUUUCUCUUCUGCUCUUGAGGAGAAAAUGCUGUUGGCAAAUUAUUUUCACCAUAAACUGACAGAAAUUGAUGGAAUUAUCGCAGGGCCCAAGCCGGUGCUCAGUGUGGUAUUGUUUCACUUUGGAGCAAGAAACAGAAGUCUGUCGGACAGGAUGAGCCGCGAAUUAAUGAGAUAUAUCCUAUCAGAUGGCAGAGUGUAUUUGUCAUCAACAACCUUAGAUGGAAUCUAUCACCUCCGUAUAUGUGUACUGAAUUUCAGAUUACAUCGUGAAAAUAUUGAUUUAUUGCUCAGUAUAAUUAGAGUCAAUACAGAGAAAUUAAGAAAGAAAAAUAAUUUAAAACGUCUGAAAGUGAACGACGAAUGUUAA